UCCACCCCCGAGUAUUGCGGUCAUGAUGCUGAUGUCAAUAAAAAUACUUUCGAUUCUAUCAACUGCAAAAUGCAAAAACGUCUUGUUUUCAAAAUUGAGUAUAAACGUGCAAUUUCAAAUGAUUUUUCAGACCCUUUAUCAAAAUUCGCUACCGUUUCAGUCUUCGUUUUGUUGCUAAUAUAAUCAAAGAAAUUUUCUUAUAAAUUCAAAUUUCAUUCGAUUAAUGCUAAUUUCGAUCAACAACCUUUGGAAAUAUUCAACCACGUCAAUGCCAAGUCGUCAGAAUAUGCCAAGUGCUUUUUCAAAGUUCGAAUUGCGCGGGCUCCUAUUGGUAAACGAGUUUUCUGCGUUGGCAACCGAGCUUCUGUUAUCGCCCACAACUGUCUCCACGUGCUCGGGCUGUUCCGGACGGAAGGAACACUCGGAAGUUCUCGUUAUGUUUGGAGCGACGGAGUUGGUCGACAGGCGUGAAGCAAGUCACGUAAAUAGUGCAUGUCACCGGACAGUAGCAACACUUGAUUGAAUCGAUCGUCUAUGAUGUUGCGACAUAAUGUGUGGCGCGGAAAUUAGAGGUCGAGGGAAUCUCCGGGUGUUGAAAAAGUGACGUCGGCUGGAAAGUUGGAUGCCAUCUGAAGAAAUAUCGAAAGCAGGAGGGAGUUUAAAAUCUACCAACAAGUUUUCGCACUGCGCAAUGGAUCACGCACGAAAAAUCGGCAAAAUAAAUACACCGAUUUUAUGGUCCCAAAAACCGUCACCGCCAUGUAAUCACACGAUGUACGAGGGAGAUGGAUCGUUAGACGAGGAUCUCGGGGAAGAUCGUCGUCUUGUUAACUGGCGCAAAUGGCUAAAAAAUAGGGAAAAACACUACCGCCAUUACGAGCAACGUUGUGAUCGAGAUCGCGAGGAUCUGCUCAUGGUGAAAGAUCUCGACGACUACCGUGCUGAGCCCACCGUAGAGGAUAUCGUCGAUUCUGUUGACCGGCACAGCACGGGCAAGGAUCGGGGGAGCCCCGCGUUUUGGGUGACCCCGGAGUUCUUAUCUAAACGGGGGCAUCCCGAUUGGCCUGACAUCGCGGUCACUCUCACUCACGAUCAAACCAAUGCCAAAUUCAUGACCGAACGUGUUGCUCUGCCGGAUUUAAUAAAGCGGGAAAAAGGUUUACCGCGCUCGAAGGAACGAAAGAAAUUGAGGAAAACUGGCUACGAGGAAACACGAGAGAAAAAAGUUCCUGGUAGAAUCGGAGUACUUGCGCGUGGCGAACGAGACUUGAACCAGUUGGCGAUCAAGGGAGAAAAAUUUGAAGGAAAAACAGCUAAAAGAGUGCCUAGAAUCCUUGUUACGUCGGUUGAAACAUUGAGAACCUUGAAGUCCGAUGAUGGCAGUCAAUCGGAGGUCAUUGAACCCGACGGCGCUGAACGUCCUAUCGCUCUCGUUAUACAGGAUCGAGAAGUGGCUCCGGACAAAAGAAUUUCGCUUAGCGAGACCGACGAGUCAGGCUCAAACCAUUUAACUUGGUCGCUGACAUUCAAAUCCACUGAUCUCAGCGCAUCCAAGCGGGAAAUCCGUCUUGAAAAUCGUGGCAAUUACGCCAUAACUUAUCGCUGGCGUUAUAACAUCCAGAACCCUAGUUUUCUCUUACCCGUGCCAUGGAAAAGCCCUUUUUUCUUCAAUAAAAAUAAGGGGCUCAUAUUGCCCGGGCAGAUAAUCGAAUUGCCUGUUUGGUUUCGUUCUCGUCUGCCUCGUAUCGCCUCAGAAUCCUGGACACUGACAACGGAGCCUCCGGUUUGUCAGGAAUCCUUGAAUUUUCGGUUUUCAGGCAUUGCUACCUUAUCCACUCGUUUUGAACAUUCGAAUGUCUUUAAAUCUGCAUCAACCGAUUUCACCAGCUGUGAAUCCAUUGAAAAAUAUCUCGAUCGUCGAACUCGCGAUGCGAGGAUCCAUCAAAUAAUCACAUCCAUUAUUGAUGACGUUCCACGAAAGGAUCUUCCGCUCGUUCCGUACGACAGUCUUUUUGUCGAGAGCGAAUUAUUUGAUGCCAAGAAUCCAAUGCACUUUUACCAUUCUGAAUUGAUUCGAGAUUUACGAAACAUUCAUGAAAAUUUAACGAGCAGAGAUUCGCCGGCGUGGGGCUUAUCACUAAUGGAACUUCGUAGGGUUUUAUUGAUGAUAAAAGAUCCAGAGCUCCGAAAUGAAAAGUUGCUUCGAUUCAACGAGCUGUGUCUCGAGUCAUUGAAACCCAGUCUUCUACAUGGAACGAGGAGUGAUAAGGGCACUGUGGUGUAUAAUUUAUUAUGCUCUUUCGCCAAUAAAUUCGAAGCGGAGAGCCAUUAUGUUGCGAUCAAGUGUUCUCCAGUGGAAAUAUCCACCGCAAGGAAUUUCGAUGAAGCUCCUGAUGACGUUUCAAAACCAGCCAGUAUGACGAGCUCCCAGGGCAGUCUGAUCACACCUCGUAAAAAGAGUAGGAAGAAGAGUCGUUUGGGACCAUCGAAAACGACUUCCAAAACGAGCGUUUCGACGUCGACGAAUAAUCGUGACAUCACAGGAAAUGCAUGGGACGAAAAAAAUGCAAAAUCCUGUUUUUUGUUAAAAGAAGUCUUCCGGGUUAGGAUACGCGAAAUACUUGCAGAUACGAUAUUGGCGAUUUGUGCAGCUGUCGAUACGUACAAUAAUCUCAGUCCUCACAAAUAAAAUUAUCGAAAAAUAACGAUUUUAAUCGUGUAUGCAAAAUGAAAAUAACCAUUUUAUAAAAAGUUCUUUUUUUUAGCCGCAACGUCCGUUCCUUAAUUUUUUUGAACUUCAACGUUCGAAUAUGCCUGUCAUGAGCAGAGAAAAACUGAUGAUCCUUGGAAUUGACGUAAAAUGAGUAUUUUGUUUUUACUUUCAAUGACUAUUUGCAACCAAAAAUAUUCUUCGUCCAUUUGGAGUUUGGAUAUCUUUGCAGUUUUCCAUUAUUCUGGCACCUUCGUGAUUUCGCAGUUUUCGAAAUUCUUCAAUCUGCAAAAAAAUCGUCAAUCAUUGUGAAAUCUUCCUGGAUCGUUUCUUGUAAAUAAAUAUUUCUAUUGUUAAACGAUAUCACCUGACAAGCGCUGAUGGGAAUUAUGAGUGGAAAGACGAUCCAUGUUGCGCACUCCGGGGUCGAUCCUUUGUUGUAUGUUCCCGCGUACGUAUAAUAUUUUGGGCAAUAAGUUGCGUUCCGCAUCCAGCACAAAGAAUCUAACAAGAUUUUCACUAAUGAGAUAAUAACCGAUUUGAUUGAUGGACAGGUUGAAUUUUAAGAGUUUCCAUAACACACAAUUCCAGGGACUCUUACUUGCAGGAAUGUUUAUUUCCGUAUUCGGUUCCACGACAUAUUUCAAAUAAUCCGUUAUUUUUUCGACCAGUGGAUUAUUCCCAUCACAAUUUUUUUCGGUAACCUUGAAACCGAAUAUUCAAUUCAAUUUUCCCAAUAAAUUUGCAACGACAAAACUAAUCGCUUUCGAAUGACAAUAUUGUGAUUUGAAGACCGAUCAGAAGAUAGGAAAAUUUGAAUUGCUCACCAGAAAGAAAUAUGUCAAAAUGGCCAGUCCAUCUUUGUGCUGCAAACAUUUGUCAAACGUUAAGUACUUUCUAUUCCAAUGGACGACAUGUGCCUCCAUGGAAAAGCUAACAAAUUGACAAUUCAAUUGCAGUUCCUCGCAAGUAAUUCAUUAAUUAUCCAUCGAUUUACGUGAACUACCAAGUUCCGUUGAUCUGAUGUUCAGAACCGUUGCUAUUCUCUUUCCUCCAAUGAAAAUGUGUAUUUGUAAACUCGUAAACAUCAUUUACCAAGGGCCCACCGGUGACAGUCGAAGGGAUUCGGUGGCCACUCAAUUGGAUC